AGGAGGCGGAGCGGAGCCCCAGCCUCACGAAAAGCAAGGCAAGAGGCCGCCCUCAAGCUGCUCAACGCCCGCGUAGAUACAGAGCCGAUCAGUAUAAGUACUCUCUCUUCUAACACAACGUUGUUACAUCACAGUCAACAUGGACGCUUUCGAUGAGUUCAACGCGCUGACAAGCAACCUUCAGCCGAGCAAGAAACAAGCUACAGAUCUCGAAUUGGAGCUAUACGAAGACCCCAGCCUGACGGGUACCGCGCGUGAAGAGUUGCUCACUGCCCUCCACGAACACGAGGCCUCAAAGUUCCGUAUUACCGUGCGCCAGAAGUGUCUGGUACACGGCACGUAUACCGACAACUCUGAUCCAGCAACCCUCCUUGGCCUCCAAUUCGAACUCCGGAAGACUGAUGCGGGUCAGCACCGACGCUUUCGACACUUCAAGGUUGCACUACGCUUUGAGACUGAGCCUCUGCAACAGCCGGCGCAAGACCCGUUCGUCAAAUCGUUCGCGCCGGCACAGCAAGGUGUCAUAUAUCUCCUCCCGACCCUGGUACAUAAAACGGUAGAAACCAAUAAAGAGGCCUCUUUGGGGGUUCAGCAAGACCCUGUGCCACUUAGCUUGGCUCUCACGGCAGGCAAGACGAAAGGAGAGGAAUGGGACCAAAUGAGGAAAGCAACGAUAUCCGCGCAGGCAUACAAGACACACAGCAGAGGUGGUGGUCGAGGUGGCGAAGAUGUCGUUGAAUGGACAUUUACCGAGAACGAGAAAGAAGAGUCAUUACCAGACACGUUUACCGUUGCCGUGGUCCUCAGACGUAUUGGAGACGCGAGGUUCAAGGUGCACUUCGAUAUCGAAGCCAAGAUUGACUUCUGGUACGGCUUGGAGACGUUUUGGCAGAAGGUCAAGAACAAGACUACCUUUAAGGCCGUUCGUGAAGCAUCCAAGAUUUUUGACCCCAACGAGCAAGGCGAUGAGCCUACUAGCACAGUCAAGAGCCGCCAAGCAGAGUUGCUGGCCACAGGGAACGCCGCCUCAUCAAAAGGAGAUCAAGCUCCAAAUGCAACAUGAUAGGAUUUAAGGAGGCCAAUAUGUGAAAGUAUAGCUGGUCGUGACGAAAGUAUUACAUUCCUAUACUACUAGGUCAUAAGUUUAGGCACACGGAUGUACCACUGCUCUGGCUUCACUCUUGCUCU